CUAGAUUAUUGAUAGAACAGAAUGAGCUGGUUUAAAUAUUUCAGCAUUUUUUUAUUGCUUGUUUUCCUGUUGCCUCAUGAGACAAAUGCGUCAAAAAGUCCUCCAAACAUUGUCUUCAUAGUAGCUGAUGACUUGGGCUGGAAUGAUGUUGGUUUUCAUGGCUCACGAGAAAUACCCACUCCCAACAUUGACGCUCUUGCAUACUCAGGAGUGAUCUUGAAUAACUAUUAUGUGCAGCCCAUCUGCACACCAUCGCGAUCUGCUAUCAUGUCUGGCUUGAAUCCCAUUCAUACUGGCCUGCAACACGCCACAAUUGGAGCCCCAAGACCCUAUGGUCUGCCCCUGGCUGUGAAGGUCUUGCCUCAAUAUUUAAAGGAAUCUGGCUACAUUACUCAAGCUGUUGGAAAAUGGCAUCUUGGUUUUUAUCAAAAGGAAUUUACGCCAACAUGGCGAGGAUUUGAUUCCCACUAUGGAUAUUGGAGUGGCAGAGUCGACUAUUAUGAUCACACAGCCGCUGAAGAUGGCCACAUGUGGGGCUACGACUUCCGCCGUGACAUGAACGUCGCUCGUGAUGCGUACGGAAUCUACGCUACAGACCUGUUCACGACGGAGGCGUUGUCCAUCAUCAGCGUGCACAACACCAGCAGGCCGCUGUUCCUGUACCUCGCGCACCUCGCCGUGCACUCGGGCAACCCAUACUCGCCCCUGCAGGCGCCCCAAGACUACGUCAACAAGUUCUUGUACAUCAAGGAUGAGAGGAGACGCAAGUUUGCUGCCAUGCUGACGAAGCUAGACGACUCGGUGGGCGCUGUGGUGACGGCGCUGCGGGAGCGCAACAUGCUCGACGACUCAAUCAUCGUCUUCACCACCGACAACGGCGGCCCCGCGGGCGGCUUCAACGACAACGCUGCCUCCAACUGGCCGCUCAGAGGGGUGAAGGCAUCCAUGUGGGAGGGCGGGGUGCGCGGCUCAGCUUUCGUGUGGGGACCGAAUUUUGUCAGCCAGCCCCCGGGGACAGUGUCGGAUCAGCUGUACGCCAUCGAGGACUGGCUCCCCACCCUGCACUACAUCGCAGGAGGCGAGGCUGGUCAGCUGCCGCCCCUGGACGGCGUGAACAUCUGGCCGAGUCUGAGCAGCGGGGCGCCGUCGCCCCGGCAGCAUCUCCUGCACAGCAUCGACCCUGUCUUCGACGGCGCCGCCGUCAGGAGCGGCGACUGGAAGCUCUUGUUCAACCCAUCUGGCUAUGAGACUUACUGGGACAGAUGGUUUGGCCCGUCUGGCCGCAACGAAACUGCCCCUGAAACCGACCUGUCGUUACUCAUCCGCAAGAUCAGGGAGAGUCCCGCUGGCGUCGCGGUCCUGCAGAAGAAUCCCGACGCUCUCGACAACAUCACGCGCAGCAGGAACGCGGCCAUGGUGAACUGCACUGCCACGCCGGAUGAACCGAGCUUCGUAUGCCGGGGUGCGAACCUAAGCAGUGCUUGCCUAUUCCAUAUUCCGUCUGAUCCUUGCGAGCAGAACAACGUCGCCUCAGAGAACACGGAUGUCUUGAAUGUGUUGCUGCAGCUCACCUCACAGUACAACAGCACCGCCGUGCCUAUACUGAAUGCACCUCUUGACCCAAUCGCUAACCCGAAAUACUGGAAUUAUAACUGGAACAACUGGCUGGACUUUCCUCCGCCUCCUGGUGUUAACGCAUCUCAACUUAGAUUAGAGGCCCAAGAAUCCAUGGGUCUCAAUGAGAACCUUUUUGAUGUUUUCAGGUUUACUCGCAAGUCAAGCGCGGUCAUUAGCGCUCCGUGAAGUAUAUGUGACAAAUAUGUCUACAAAUGACAAAUUGGUUGACUAAUUCCCAGUGCAAAAUUUAGAAAAAGUAUCAUUUGAAUUGACAAGGUUUACUUUUUCGUUAUGCGCCCAAGCUCGAAGUAUGUAGUCCCAGGGCUGGUGAUUUGAUGGAAUAUUGACCCUGAGAGCCUUUUUACCAAACAAAAGCUCCUUUGUCUGGUCACUCCUUAGGAUAUUAGUUUGUCAUGUAUAGUGAAAGCACUAUUCUAGUUAAUUGAGUUCUUAUUUUCGUUGAUCUUGCAAGUGAUUCAAAACGUUAUAAGUUAAUUUAUAUUUUGAUUUUAAUUCUUGUGUUCAGAUUGAUAAUUCAAUUGAAUCUGCAAAUUUGUAUUAUGGAAUACUCAUUUCUCUAUGUCCAUAGAGCAUUGAAAUUAGAGUUCAACUUGUUUAAUUCACAAAUCAUGCGGAAUUGUAAAAUACAUAUUGUAAGUUAUGAGUACCAACUUAGUACUGAACUUACAUAGUUGGAAGAAUUUGUGGCUUCUUUGGUGUCUAAUAUUGCUGUCGCUUUUUUCCCCACAUUUUGUUGUGUAUGAAUAUGAGUCUAGUGCAUCAGAUUUUGUUAUCUACUCUCAUACUUCGAGAUGUUCGAGUGUACGCAAUCAAGUAACUCUUUCUUGUCUUUACUUGCAUCGCGGACAAACGACAUUUCCACGCUAUUGACUCCUUAGCGUCUGUUCAUACUCUUUACAAAAAGUUUAAUGUAGGGUUCGGUGCCGUUGAACUAAGGCCAGGAUUUGUAGCUGUUGCAUUAAAGUUAACAGAAUUUUCAUCUGAA